AUGGAGCAGCAAGAAAAUCACCUGGACAGAGAAAGAUUCUGCUGUUGGAUCUGUGUGGAUCUACUGAAGGAUCCGGUGACUACUGUCUGUGGACACAACUUCUGUAAGAGCUGUAUUAACACCCACUGGGACAAAGAGGAGGAGAGAGGAAGCUACAGCUGUCCUCAGUGUAGACAGACCUUCACACCGAAGCCUGUCCUGGAGAAAAGCACCAUGUUAGCUGAUUCACUGGAGGAGCUGAAGAAGACUGGACUCCAAGCUGCUCCUGCUGAUCACUGCUCUGCUGGACCUGAAGAUGUGGCCUGUGAUGUCUGCACUGGGAGAAAACUGAAAGCUCUCAAGUCCUGUUUGGUUUGUUUGGUCUCUUAUUGUGAAAAACACCUCCAGCCUCAUCUUCAGUCAGCUGCAUUGAAGAAGCACAAGCUGGUGGAGCCCUCGGAGAAGCUCCAGGAGAACAUCUGCUCUCGUCACGACGAGGUGAUGAAGAUGUUCUGCCGCACUGAUCAGCAGUGUAUCUGUUACCUGUGCUCUGUGGAGGAACAUAAAGACCACGACACAGUGUCAGCUGCAGCAGAAAGGACUGAGAGGCAGAGAGAGCUCGGGCUGAGGAGACAAACAAUCCAGCAGAGAGUCCAGAACAGAGAGAAAGAUGUGAAGCUGCUUCAACAGGAGGAGGAGGCCGUCAAUGGCUCUGCUGAUAAAGCAGUGGAGGACAGUGAGGAGAUCCUCACUGAGAUGAUCCGUCUGCUGGAGGAAAGAAGCUCUGAUGUGGAGCAGAAGAUCAGAUCCCAGCAGGAAACUGAAGUGAGUCGAGCCAGAGAGCUUGAGGAAUGGAAGCAGCUCUCAGACGCAGAUUACAACCAGUUAUACAGCUACCCCUUACAUUCACCACUCAGUGGAGCUACACACUCAUCCAGCAUCAGGAUCCGUCCUCUGAGGUACUUUAAGGACUCACAGGAAAUCACACUGGAUCCAAACACAGCACACAGACGUCUGUUAUUAUCUGAGGGAAACAGAAAAGUAACUUAUAUGAGUGAAGAUCAGUCUUAUUCUGAUCACCCAGACAGAUUCACUUGUUGGUGUCAGGUCCUGAGUAGAGAGAGUCUGACUGGACGUUGUUACUGGGAGGUGGAGAUGGAGGUGGGGGUGGGAGAAUUUGAAGUAGCAGUCGCAUACAAAGAUAUCAGAGAACAAGAAUACCAAAUGGAAUAUUUAUUUGGAAAAACUGAUAAAUCUUGGUCAUUAUCUUGUGAUGUAAACGGUUAUGACUUUUAUAGUGAAAUCGUUGACACUCCAGUGUCAGGUCCUGUGUCCUCCAGAGUAGGAGUGUACCUGGAUCACAGUGAAGGUGUUCUAUCCUUCUACAGCGUCUCUGACACCAUGACUCUCCUCCACAGAGUCCAGACCACAUUCACUCAGCCGCUCUAUGCUGGAGUUAGGCUUUGUUCUGGAGCCACAGCUGAGUUCUGUAAACUCAAAUAGACUCGAGUCAUUAAAAGCAGUGAUUAAGAUUCUGUGUGUAAAUCUUUAACUUCUUUUGUCUCCAUGUUUGUUGAUCAAAGUUCGCCGUGGUGACGUUUCUGCUCCGCACAGAGAUCAGCUGUCAAUCAAACACUGACCUUCCUUUGUCACACAUAUUUAGUUCUCACUUUGUAAA